GCAAAACAACAUAUGGCUGUCGAAAUGCAGGACUAUUAAAUGUAGAAUUCUGCGAAAUAUGAAAUGACAAAUAUAUUGAAUUAAAUUUUCAUUUUGUAGGAAAUAACCAUUAGAAAAAAUAUAUUUAAAGUUUAAAUGGCUUUUUCUAGUUUUAGUAAAUACGCAUUUCUAUAUAUCAGAGGCCCUCUUUUGCUGAAUGCAAGGGCUAUUGGAAAUGUGUCUGCACCUUUUGGAGUUGCAUGUAAAGGAGAUGUAUCCGUCGAAGUACACGAAGGACCAGUUAACUCGUCCAUUGAAUCGCAUAAUGACGAUACGAAAAAAGUGCCUUUAACUUUAGAAGAAUACAAGAAAUUGAGGGGUUUAGAGCCUUUUCAACCUGAAGAUCCCCAUAUUCUGAAAGUAUCUAUUUUAGGUGAACCAAAUGUUGGGAAAUCUACUUUGACAAAUAGUCUUGUGAAAUGGAAGAUUUGCGCUGUUUCCAGAAAGGUGCAUACGACGAGAAAAAAAGCGGCUGCAGUUUUAAUAGAAGGGAAUAAACAAAUUGUAUUCCUUGACACACCUGGUUUUGUUUCAGCAGAACAAACAAUAAAGCAUAAAUUAGAGCCAUCUUUCAUUAUGGACCCAUUAAAAUCUAUUAGAGACGCUCAUCUAAUUGCUGUUGUCAUAGACAUUUCUAACAGGUGGACUAAUAACAAAAUCAAUGGAGAUAUUUUAGAAGUUCUAAAUGAAUUCAAGCAUAAAAAAUCCAUUCUGAUACUGAAUAAGGUGGAUGCAAUGAAAUCCAAAACCAGGUUAUUAAGUUUAACUCGAAUUUUAACUGGAGGUGGUGUUAGCAACAUUUUGGAUUCUAAUUUCGAGAAAACUUCAGGUCUGGAAGAAAUGAUAGAAAAACAAAAAGAACUCAAAAUCAAAGAAUGUGAUGAAGAUGAAAAUGAGGAACAGAAGAGAGGUUGGCCAUUUUUUUCAAAUGUUUUCAUGGUAUCUGCCUUGAAAAAUGAAGGAGUUGAUGAUCUCAGGAGGUAUCUACUGAAUGAAGCUGUACCUGGCAAAUGGAUGUACCAUAGCAGUGUAGUAACAGAUCAGCAUCCACAUGAACUAGCCCUGAUGAUAGUCAGAGAGAAGUUGCUGGAUUAUUUGCCAGAGGAAAUACCUUAUAAUAUAAAUUUGAGAGUAUCAAAAUGGGAGUUAUUGAGCACAGGCUGUCCUAAAAUAGAUAUAAAAAUCAUUUGUCAAAAUUCCAGGCACAAGCGUUUCGUGCUCGGUCCUAAUGGAAAACAUAUUGCAUUGUGUGCUGAUAAAAGCAGGCGUGCUAUGAGAGAAGCCUUUAGAAGAGAUGUGGUACUUCACUUGGGUGUAGCGUAAAAUACUGUGUAAAUAAAUUUUUCUUUUAUUCAUAAUUUAUUUAUCAUGGCAUUAUUUCAUUUCUGAUGAUAAAAUAUAUAUUAAAAUGUGAAAUGGUAAUAAUGUUGCCAUAUCCAUUUUAUUAUCCUGUGCAUGUCAAAAGUUGUUUAUUAUAUAUUUGAUAUAUUAAAACAAUCAUUAUUGUGA